CGCCUUCCCCACAAAAUGGCCUCCAUCUCCUCCUCUGCCGUCGCCACCGUCAACCGCACCACCUCUGCUCAAGCUAGCCUCGUCGCUCCUUUCACCGGUCUCAAGUCUAACGUCGCUUUCCCCGCCACCAAGAAGGCUAACAAUGACUUUUCUUCCCUCCCAAGCAACGGCGGAAGAGUACAAUGCAUGAAGGUGUGGCCACCAUUGGGAUUGAAGAAGUACGAGACCCUCUCAUACCUACCACCAUUGUCCGAAGCUUCAUUGGCUAAGGAAGUCGACUACCUUCUCCGCAACAAAUGGGUUCCCUGUUUGGAAUUCGAAUUGGAGCAUGGUUUCGUUUACCGUGAGCACCACAGUUCUCCGGGAUACUAUGAUGGAAGGUACUGGACAAUGUGGAAGUUGCCUAUGUUCGGAUGCACCGAUUCAGCUCAGGUGUUGAAGGAGCUAGAAGAGUGCAAGAAGGAGUACCCAAAUGCCUUCGUCCGUAUUAUCGGAUUCGACAACGUUCGUCAAGUGCAGUGUGUGAGUUUCAUUGCCGCUAAGCCACCAGGCUACUAAGCAACCCCUACUCCAAAGCUUUCGAUCGACCCUCUUCUCUAACGAUGACUCGGGUUUGUU